AUGGCUCUACCAACAUUGCAAACCUCUCGUCUCAGCCUCCGCCCUCUCUCAGAGCACAACCGGGACGAUAUCAUAGACCUCGAUUCGGACCCUCAAGUUAUGAAAUACGUUUACAGUGGCCGCCCGCUAACUCAAGAAGAAGCCAUUCAGGACCAUCAAGAGCGUCUCUCAGCGUCUCGACAAAUCGCAGGCCUAGGCUACUGGGCAGUUUACCUUGAUGACACAUUUAUCGGAUGGGCAGCUCUCUCGCCCCUACAAUCCAACGGCGGGACAUUUCACGCACAAAAGGCAGAGCUAGGAUACCGAAUCUCACCUCGCUUUUGGCGACGGGGGUAUGCUAAGGAAAUGUCUUGCGAGUUAUUGAGGUAUGGGUUUGAAGAACUAGGUUUAGUAGAGGCUGUUGGGCAGACGAUGGCUGUAAACGAGGCAUCAAGAGCGACCAUGAAGGCCUGUGGGAUGCAGCAUGUGCGUACUUUGUACAUUGAGUUUGAAGAUCCUAUUCCUGGGUCGGAGGAUGGUGAAGUUGAAUACGCCAUUACACGGGAAGAAUGGCUGGAGCUUCAGUUGCAUUCAAAGUAG